CCUUUCUUGUCCUAUUCGUCGUCUCUUCGACGUCGAGAUCUCUGUCAAGAAUAAUGCAUCCGACUCUGCGUGCGUCGGCACACGUUCAUAGACCACUCAUUCAUUUCAUUGGUAAACGUCAAUGGCCAGCAAAGCCUGAGCCGCCACACGCACACCCGGCUGGUCCACCAGAAUACAAAGCCCACUUUGCAGACUUUCUCAAAAAGUUUGAGAGUUCUGCUUCCUCCUCGCGUUCCGUAUCUAGUUCCUCUUCCAAUUCCGUGCAGAAGGGGAAGGACCAGUCCGAUGCACACUCGGAUGCGUACCAGGAGUUCUGGCAGGCUCCGCAGCGAUUAUGGAACCCACGAGUACGGAAUAUUAGUGAAAAAGAGAUGGACGCGGUGUUGUCUGGUGGUGCAACCCUAUUCUAGUAGAGUCCUUGUGCAUUCGACCAUUUAGAACUUAUAGUUCUGUGCUUUCCUGACGUGCUCUGCUCAAUGUCAUCUACAUGAACAU